AUGAAGAAAAACUUAUAUCGCUUUUCCUUGCUUUUGAUUAAUAGUUUUUGGACUAAAAACUGGAUACAACUGGGAAAUGAGUUGAGGAAAACUAAAAGACGAAGCAAGGAGUUUGAAAGGAAGAAUUCAAAUGUUAUGUCACGAACUAUGUUAAAAUUUCAUUUGUACAAAAUUCCAAAUUUUGAUUAA